AUGUCCACCAACGGUUUCGAGCAUACGCUAUCCACCCGCACACUGUCCACCCGCACGGUGUCCAACCAAUCACAGGCCGACCUAGCCAAUGGAACCGCUCUCUCUCUGUCUCCUGGCCUAACGGCUCUUAAACCUAACUUGGAAUUGCGCCUCGUGCACGGCGGUCGUGACGACGCCAGCCUCACGGUUGAACGCCUUGCAAGACCAAUUGGCGACUUUCCCCUUCCUCUCUGUAAACAAUAUAAUGUUCCGCCUACUCUCGCCUUUCCACCGUCUUCUCAUCUAUCUCCUAAGGAACCGGGCCUCGAAGCUUAGGAGAUUCCGACCCUUGACUCAGUGGAUCUCACGGAAGUUUCUGUUCUGCAAGAACAUCUAAACCGCUAA